AUGUCUUCGAACACAUAUGACCACGCAUCCAAGACAGAGGCGAUGUACAGUGAAACAGCGCCCGACAAGUUGGAAAGACUGCGCACAGCAGGCGGUCACAUCGAUGAUCGUGAUCAACCAUCCUUGCCUGUUGUCCAUCGCAGCUUCGCCAAUCCAGCGCCAUUGGGACUACUUUCCUUCGCGACUGGUCUAUUUCUCAUCUCCAUAUACGGUGUGCAUGCACGAGCAAUCCAGACUCCCAAUGUCAUGAUCGGAGUUCUUAUGUUCUUCGGAGGAGUCUGUCAAUUCAUUGCUGGAAUCAUGGAGUUCGUGGCAGGCAAUACCUUCGGCGCCACAGUCUUCCCCUCCUACGCCGCUUUCAAUUUCAGCUAUGCAAUGGUCUACAUUCCAGGUACUGGUAUCCUCGCUUCGUACACCGACCAAGCGACUGGUCAGAUACGUGCAGAGUUCUAUGAAGCUCUAGCAAUGUACGCAUGGGCAUGGUUCAUUCUGACAGCUAUCUACACCGUUGCCGCAAUGCGAAGCUCUUGGGUGUUGUUCGCGACGCUCGCCCUUCUGGACAUUGAGCUGUUGUUGCUCGGCGUUGGAUACAUGAUGAACGAUGGCGGCAUUCUCACAGCGGCGAACUCCAUUGGUUUUGUGGUUGCAUUUCUGGCUUAUUGGGCUGGGUGCGCCGGGCUGUUCGCGGGAGGCUUGACUCCGAUCAAUUUACCAACAUUUCCAAUGUACAAGCAAGAUUGA